CUGACGUAAACUCGAGCACGGUUUAACUCUGAAUGUGUGAGUGUGCUUGUAAGAGAAAGAGAGGGAGAGAGAGAGAGAGAGAAAGAGAGAGAGAGAGCAAGAGAGAGAGAGAGAGAGCAAGAGAGAGAGAGAGAGGGAAGAGACAUACGAAGUUUAUUAACGUCAGUUUUGGGGAAAACGGUGUCACUGUCCCGUGAUCGGCUAUCUUACAGAAUACUGCGCCUUCCAGAGAGCUUAGUGAAAGUCUCUGAGCGUUGAUCACCGGCCAAGACGCUCGCAUAAUCGUUCCUGAGCGUACUUGGACCAGGAAUCUGCCAAAUUCUGGCCGUUUUAAAGUCAAUGAACCAAUAAGCCCGAGGAAAGAGAUCAUUGUGGACCAAUAAAGUGACGCUACGUCACAGAGGUGCUUAGGGCCCGCGCGGCUCUUCCUCAAAAUUAUGUCUUUCCGAUCCACGGCUAACAUGAAUGUUUUAUUCAAGGGAAUAAUCAUAGGACACGUAAAUACAAAAGAGAAGCCUGUAAGGCGACGGACCUCUUGGAAGGUCGUGCUAGCCUAGUGCCAGGAGGGGCUAAAUGAGACAACCCGCGCGAAUGUCGCUCAACCAUACGAGAGAGAAGAAAUUUCUCUGGUCCAUGAUAUCCUAAUCUCUCACCGUUCUUAUGCGGGAUGUGAGCACGCACCGCACUUCGGAUCACAGAAAGAAAAGCAAGAAGAAAAUCGACUCUCCCGAAUGGAAUGGUCAGGAAUGGCGAGCCCCCGACAACAACAAUCUCAACAGGAUCCCAUCGAACUGCAAGAGCAUGAGAGAGUUAUACGUAUAUGACAAUAUCCCGAGCAGAAUCGCCAUUUUUACGGCAUUAGUAUCCGAGGUCACCGCUAGAUGUCGCAGAAACAGUUCACCACUGCAAGGCGAGCGAUCUGCUUCGUUUGAGUAUGUGCUCCUGUUAGAUGUGAACCACGGCGCCGCGUGCCGACGCAAGCCCAUUGGACCUUCAAAAGAAUCGCACCGAGCAUACUGUUAUCGCAAGCAAACAACACGUGGUGCUUGCGAGCUCAUCGUAUAAUGAAAUGCGAAGGAAACGAAGGGCGCGCGCGUUUGAAGGCACACAUAUACAAUCAUAAGCGUAGUACGCCGAUGGUGAGUAAGUGAUCCAUAUAUAGAAACGCUACCCACGUGCACUAAUACGAACGUACACUUGUCACGAAUAUAUACGCAGCACCGGUGCCGAGCCGCACACUUUUUGUGCUUACGCUUGAGUCGAGACUUGUAGGCUGUGCUUUCUCAACAAAUUCCGUAUUCGAAGAAAAUCACGAAGAUAUUAAUCAAGAAUUGA